UCUUUCGAAAAAUGAAGCCGCACUAUCCCUACAGACUUUUUUUCACUUUAUAGUGUUAGGGUUAGGUUUGUUAUUUAACGGCCAAAGAUGUCAAUUAACGUGCACGUGAGCGGAAAUCCAGUGAAAAUACACAAAGGAAAAAUGGUGACGUCGCAGGAUUCCUACCAAUGCAAAAAGGAUUUCGAGAAGAGGCGACUAUUGAGGCUGCAGCAGGUCAGGCAGCAAUCGAAAGACAUUGCACAGGAUGUUAGGAACAAAGUUAAGAAGGAGAAACAGAAGCAAAUAGGGGAAAUCGAGAAGGAGGGCAAGGAGAAGUUGAAGAAUUGGAAGAAUAAGAAGUUGAUGGAACUGCAGAGUCAGUAUAAAGAGGCGUUGGACGAAAUUGGCAUGGGGCAUGAGGAAGCAGAAAAGGUUAAAAUUGACGAGGAAAAUUAUAGAAUUGAGAAAAUGAAGAAUGAUGUUAAAGCAAAGGAAAGAGAGCAAUAUGCAAUGUUGGAAUGUCUAGAUGAGAAAGUGGAGACAGAAGUACAGAAAAAUAAAGUUAAAGAAAUUAAAAAGGCAGUUAGGGAAAAAGAAAAUCUAAGGUCACAAGAAGUUAUAACAAAAACCAAAAGAACGCCACAUAAAACAAUAUCACCAAAAAAAUCAAAACCUUUGGCCAACAUCAAUAUUUCUGUGCCUGACAAUUCCCAGUGUAGCAAUUCAGAAAACGAGGAAAAUUUCGACCGCCUUAGUUUGAUUUCUGAAGAACCAUCCGAGAUAGAAAUUGAAAGUUCUUGUAGUUGUGCUGAUUCACCCACUGACUUCGCAAACAAUCAAGAAAACUGUACAGCGCCUAAAAGACCACUGGACUCUAUAAGGGAAGCAGGAUCUUCUGAAGUUGCAACCGGAUCAAGUAAAGCAUUGGAAAUUCGAGAAAAAGCCGUUCAAACGUCAAAGCAGAAGUUGGAUUCAUUAAGGAAAGAUACAAGAAUUUCCGAUAGGAUAAAACGCAGGGAAGUGUUGGUAACAGAGCCCGAUUACUGCGAAGAAGCAGCAGAAAUCAAUCCCAACACUGUGCUGAAAAGCAACACCAAACUAAGAGAUGCAAUAUACUCGCGACCGCAUACAAACAAGGUUUGCGAUUGCGGUGAUGCCACGCUCUACACGCAUUGCAAUUGUUGCUGCAGCAGACCGAUAGUGAUUGAAAAGUGUUCCUGCAAAUGCAAAUCGAAAGAUGCCGCAGAAAGUCCGAAAAAGAGAAGCGCAGGGAUAAUCCCGGAGAAACCCACCAUAAGACUGAAAGAAAAGUUCGGCUCGCAAACCGCCACUUCGUUGGAUUCAAACAAAGUGAGUUACUACGAGCACAAGAACAAAUUCGACGGCAAAACUCAGUCGGGGAGUGUCGUCGAAAAAAUAUCCUGCAGCGAUUUGGAAGUGGAGAAUUUACCCAGCGACAAAGAAUACUACGAUAAAAUGAAGCAGCGGGAUCAAGAGGCGAUAUCGAGAGCCAAAAAGGCGCUGGAAAAGAAGAAAAUACAGCGCGAUUAUAAAGAGAUAAUGCAGAAGUUGCCGUUGCUGCAGAAGCAAGAGAAACUGGCAAAGUUGAACACCGACAGGCCGGAGUACCACAUGAACGAAGAAAGGCGUCAAGAAUUGGAGCGAAAAAAGCAGAACCAACUGGACAACGCUUACACCAAUUUAUUCCCGAACUUGCAGCCCAAAAUCGUGACCUUACCGUCGAGAAGCGAUCCCGAGACUCAAAGGUCGGGCCGGGAUUCCCCGGACGCGAAAAACAUCGCCACCUGGGACGUGGACUACAAACAACCGAAACUGUUCACGGCCAACGAAGUGCAAGACAUAGUUUCCGCUUUUUCCGAACCCACGCACCAAGACCGAAAAAGCAAGUUCAAAGAGCUGCUCAAGAAUCUUAAAACGCAGAAAAAGCAGCUCCUGGCCGAGGUGAAAAAGAUGCCCAAAGACGACAGCGUCGUGAAAAUGCUGAGGGAGUUGAACGAGUUCGACGAGUCCACGUCGGACGAGAGGCCGGGGAAACCCCGGAGGCGCACGAAAAGCAGGGGCGACAAAAAGAGCCAACGCGACGAGCUGUCCACCGUAUCGGAAGGAAGCGAGUACGACAGACCGAAAUCGGCGGAUCUGGAGCGCAGAAGAACUCCGACGAAGAAACGCGUCAAAUCGAGACCGACGGUUCUGAUAAAGCAGAACAUGAGCACGCAAACCACCCCCAAAUCGACCAAAGAACAAGAAGUGUUGGUGCAAGACACUUCCGUUCAAAAGAGCUCGAUCAAAACGGACACCAAGAGCUCCGGUGAUGAGCCCAGAACGAAGAAGGUUAAAACCACGUUGUGCGAAAAGAAACACACCGAAUGCGACUGCCUUGAAAACGACGACGGCAAGUUCGAAAUAGUGAUACAAAUAAACGACGAAAAACCCGUCGUGACCGUAAAAGAACGUGGAAAAUUCACCGAAGCCACCAUAAGUAAACCACCAUCGAAAACAGACGAUAAGACUGAAAAAACAUCCCUUAAGACUGAUAAAUCAUCCGAAGUACCAAAGUCCAAAGACAGAAGCAAAAUUUCCAGCAACAAAUCUAGAUCGUGGAAGGAACAGUUCAGCAGAAAUUCCACCACGUCCACGUCAUACUUCAGCCCGCCGGAUUUCUCCCCCGGCACGACGGCGUCUUUCUACAACCCCUACAAAAGAUGCGCAGCCAAGAACACCAGCAACGAAACAACGGAAGAAUUGCGACCGCAAAAUCCGCAGCUGUUCAAUCUCGUGGCGAAGCUCUUGGACAUGUCCAAGUCGAGCAUAGACAAUCUGCCGGCCACGUCGAGCACCAUAACGACGCCGAACCAAAGCGUGGUGGAAAUCGAGAGCAACAUACCGCACAACCCGCUCCACGACGUCCUGAAGUUUAUCGCCGAACAUUUAAACGACCAGAAGCAACAACAGCAAUCGCAAGAUGAGACCACCUUGAACAUGAGCUGCGAUGUUGCCAUAUGCCCCGGCAGCAGGGUCCCGCAGGAUGUGGGCAAGAAGGAAGAUUACGCGAAGCAAUACGCCCUCAUAACGGACAACGCCAGCAAAAAAAUCGAACAUCUGGCGGCCAAAAUACAACAACUGCGCGAAGAAAAGAGCAAGAUCAUAGAGAAAUCCGUCGAAGUGGAUGGCAAAGAUAACUCCACCGCAUACCUGGAUUACAAACUUCAAUCGUCGAACGGCACGGAUUCAUCUUUAAGUGUGAGCGAUGAAGAACUGUACAAACGCUUCCUGGGGGUCGACGUCGACCUAGCAAACAGAUUAAGAAAACAUCCGUCCGCGGAAAAAAUCGCGGACAAUGAAGAUGACGCCUUAAUGAACAGGCUGCAGAAGUUAAUUAAAGAGCCUGCGGCGCCCCCGGAAGAUAAGGCGGUUAAUUUCGUCCCGCUGCUCGCCGAUAUACCGAAAUUGCCGAAAUUCGGGUCCACUGAGGAAGCGCCCGUUGAAAAUGGCCGAAGAAAACCGCCCCCGUCAAAAGGUCUGAGCGUAGCAAGGAGAUUUAACGAGGAAAUAUCCACGAUACCCCACGAGUUGUCGGCCAUACCGGAAGCCGAACGGGAAAGCCAUGUUUCCUCGAAAGCGGACAUCUCCAGACAUUCCGUAAAAAGUAGGAACACUUCUGCGGAGGAAAUAGUCGUCCAGGACGAAUUCAAAAAGUGCAAAACCCUGCUGACAUCGGAUUCCAGCGAGGACGUGGAGACUUUGGAGCAAAUGCUCAAAAGCAUAGGCAUGGAGUGGGCCAUUCCGACCCUGCAGAAGACCAAGAAGGCUUUGGAACUGACUUCGAGCAGCACCGAGGACUCAGGUAAACUUCACUCAACCAACGACACCACGCUACUCAAAUACCUCAAACAACAACUGAUGAGUAAAAUCUCGUCCAGCACUUUAUUGGGCAACUCCACUCCACACAGCUUAUUGGGGGAUUUUUCAGAUGUUUCCGUCAUACAGAGCGUUUCCUUGGUGAAAGAUAAAAAUACUCACAGGACUUCGACGCCGGUGCAGAGCGCCAGUAAGUCCAGGGAGUCCCUGAAAGAGGCUUUCUACGGAGAAUCAGAUCUGUCCACUGUGAGGCAUUCUUCACAGACUUCAUUUCAUUCCACGCGGUCCAAGUAAUUAACAUUUAAUGUAUAGAUUAUUUAAAUUGUGGUAUUAAAUUUUUAUAGAUAAA